AUGAUUUUAGACACUUCUGAUCCAGUCUGGCUCGAGUAUUUCACUAAGAGUGAAUUGAAAGAAAUAGAGGAUGAAAAAAAAGUAACACUCUCAGAAUUACCUAAAAGCAUGCAAACAUAUUUGGAUUGCUACAACAGCUUGAAAACAUUGGAUGAACUCUGGAACGAACAUACGAAACAUAGCCUCCACCCAAUUCGUGAUGCAGACCUUUACUGGGUUCAUUCAUCAGUGAGGAAUGUGUUGGAGAUCUUGAUGCAUGGCCUGCACAAAAAAUUUAAGACUCAAGCUGAUUAUAUGAAGAGAGCAUGGUCAAUAAUUGACUGUUGUUUCAACAAUGGAGACCUUGAUGUUAUUUCUGGAGAAUAUGUCUCUAAAGCCUCUUCAACCCGAGUUAGUCUCGAUCGCUCCCUUGCUGCAUUAUCUAGACGAAAAAUCGGUACAAAAACCGACAUUCUUUUCACCACGGAAUAUUUGGAAUUCGGCACUGUGGAAGCAGGAAAAAUAUCUGAUGUCAACAGUACAAAAACACUAUAUGAAGCAGGCAUGAAGCUGCCAAAGAACUUGAAAGAUAUGCUGUAUGAUCUUGUUCAGGAGUGUCCGUCGCAACUCAUAAAUACAAAGACAUGUGGUAUCAUCAUUUCUGGUGAGUUAAUUUACUAA